AUGCCCGCUAAAGAUACCAAACCCGCGUCCAGGUCCGAUGCGUCGCCUGAAAUCACGGGCCAGAGCUCACUCCCAAUUUCCCGUAUAAAGAAGAUAAUUCAGCUAGACGAUGAUAUUGUCCAGUGUUCGAGCAAUGCGACAUUCGUAGUCGCGAUGGCUACUGAGCUCUUUGUUCAAUACCUCACGGAGCAAGGGCAUAAUGUUGUCAAAUCAGAACGGAAGCCACGGAAGACUAUCCAGUACAAAGAUCUAGCGACGGCAGUUUCGCGAAUAGACAAUCUCGAGUUCCUAGCCGAUGUCAUACCAAAGACGACGACAUAUAAACAGUUCAAGGAGAAGCGAGCGAAGGAAACGGCCAAGGAACAUGAGGUCGAGAAAGGACAACGCACGUUGAAUGGAGCACUGCCGCCGGUCGCUGAUGUGGUCGAGGAAACCGCCAAUGGGAAGGACGAUGCCUCACUGGCUCGAAGUUCAAGACCCCCAACUGUUACAAUGCUGGUGGACGGUGCUGUGGACUCGCAGGCUAAGGAUGACGACGUGGAAAUGGCGGAUCAAUGA